CUUUCUAGCUCAGAGCACCAUCUAUCUGGUAAGAGGCUGGGAGGGCUUCCUGUUCAUUUGCGCUUCACAAUGGAGGCAAUCAUUUCUGCACUUCUUGGUGAUCUUGUCGGCAGAGCUAUAUCCUUCGUGGCCGAGAAGCGCAACGAGCAGACAGCCGUGGAGGAUCUGCAGAGGCUGCGCCAGCUGCUUCUGAGGGUAAGUGCUGUUGUCGAGGAGGCCGACGGGCGGUGUGUCACAAACCGGGGGAUGAUACAUCAGGCUAGCACGAUGAGAGAGCAAAUGUUCAGAGGGUACUACCUUCUAGAUGCCUUCAGGUGCAGAGAGAAGAAGACCGGCGAUGAGGAGAUGAGUCUCUGCUCGUUCGUUCAAUCCAAAUUUAAUCCGGCUAAGCGCUUUCGCCGCCUUUCUAGCGACACUCAAAUUGGGAGCAUAGAAUUUGGUAGAGACGUCAGUAAGGAGUUGAAACAUGUUGUUCUUGUCCUGGAAAGCAUGGUUGCUGAUAUGAAGGUGUUUGUUAUAAUUUUGAUGAGCUACCCUCGCAUGUACCGCCAACCUUAUGGUGCGUAUUUAUUUUUUGACAAGUGUAUGUUCGGCCGCCAAAUGGAGAGGGAACAAGCCAUCAGCUUCUUGCUACAAGCUGAUCCUCUAGGGGCUGGGAGUUUGGGUGUCCUUCCAAUCGUUGGUCCUAGAUUUAUUGGGAAGAGCACUCUUGUGGAAUAUGUUUGUAAUGAUGAGCGUUUGCGCAGUCACUUCUCCUCGAUCUUGCUCUACAGCGGAAAUGGCCUUAAAGAUGAAACGGUGAUGACUUUUAGAGAUCAUUGUGUGAUCAAGCAUCAAAAUAUUGCAUCAGGUAAUGAAAGGUCAUUGGUUGUUAUUGAGCUCAUAGGGGAUGUGGACGAAGGGGUGUGGAAGAGGCUGCUGCACUCUGCUGAAAGAUGCAUGACAAGUGGGAGUAAAAUCAUAGUGACUAGCCGAUCAGAGAAGAUGCUCAGGUUUGGAACAACGGAAGCCAUCAAGCUAAGUUGUUUGUCUAAAGAAGCUUACUGGUAUUUCUUCAAGAUGCUCGUGUUUGGAAGCACGGACCCGGAGGAGCACCCAAAGUUAACUUCCAUAGCUAUGGAGGCAGCCCUCGGGAUGCGAGGAUCUUUCAUCUUCGUAUAUAUUGUCGCUGCCUUACUGAGAGAAAAUCUCAGCAUCCAGUUCUGGUGCAGGGUUCUCAGAAACAAUAGGAAGUAUCUGGAGAAGAAUGCAUUGUUGGCUGGUGAAUAUCUUCACGAGGAUAAGCCUCGGUAUGUUUGGAGCCUUGCUCAAACACGGCGAGUAUCUGAGGAUCUUAACCUCUUUGUGCUACAUGAUAUUUACCAAAAAGGGCAUGCUGCUCAGGGCGAGGUUCCGACGAUAACACUGGUGGAUGUUCUAUCGAGGACAUGGAGCACCGUGCCGCUGGGAAAAUUUGAGAUCUUGGGCUGGAGGUCUCCCAUACCGCCAUACUACAACUACGUAUAUGCUUGUGAGUUUGUGCGGCACAAGAACCCCACACCAUAGUUCUCCUCUUGUAUACUCGAUUAAUUAUGUAUGGCUUACCAGAUUGGUAUGUAUUAGGCUUCCUUGCAUGUUGUUCUGAAUGUUGGUGCUUGGUUUAAGUUGAUGUGGUCCUAGACCGAUCGAUCUUAGAUGGAGUAUACUGGAACCCAGUAGCUCAUUCUGUAGGGGUGCCCUAAUUACUG